CUCACCUCGCGCCACACUCUGCCCAUGUCUGCCGACGGGAACCAAGAGCCGACGCCGACGCCGACGUCACCGCUGACAGAAGAGGUGCUGCACACCGACGCCCACAACAGAUACUAUGCACGGGCAUCAAAACCGCAGCCGCAUCGGUGCAAUCCGUACCUGGAGGACUUUCUGCAUUCGAUCUUUCAAUCUUUUCCGCCGCACAUGGUGGCGCCGGGCAAGGCCUUCCUGCAGUGCAUGCUUGCCGAGCCCGGGGCGGAGCCGCCGCGGGUGGGCAACGCCGAAGCGGAACGCCCGCGAUCCGGCGCAGGAGGCCAGAACGCGUGA